CCCACACUUCUCUUCUCUGCAGACCGAACAGACCAGCUGUAAACACGUUGUUGUUGUUGUUGUUGUUGUUGUUGUUGUUGUUGUUGUUGUUGUUGUUGUUGUUGUUGUUGUUGUUGUUUAGUUAAAUUCUGCAGCGCUCGGUGUUAACCUCUGCUUUCUGUAGUCGUUAAUCUGAUGUGUCUCAAUCCCACAGAUUGACUUCAGGUUUUAUGACGUCCUGAUUAUAAAAGAAAAGUUUUCAUGUGUUUUAUUUUGGUAACUGGUGGAUUUGUGUCUCUCUCGGCUGGCCGUACUGCAGUGGUCUCAGUCCGUCACAGAGACCCUGCAGACUGGAUCAGAGUUCUGGAUCAGCAUCCUCAUGAGUUCUGCUUUAGGAGCUUCACUCGGGUUCUUCACCGGCUUUUAUUUUGUAGGCGGUUUCCGGAAGUUGCUGUCGCGAAGUGUCGCGCCGCGUCUUGUCGAACAGAAACGAAGAUGGACGUAAAGGAGAGGCAGCUGCGACCAUCACUGAGCGGUUCUGGACCAUGAUUGUUCUGGACCCCCGCGGGACAAAGCAGCUCAGACAAACAGUGGAUCUUAGACCGGAGCCAUGACGGAGGAGAAAUGUCCCCAGCUGGUGGACUACUUCGUAGUGGCAGGUCUGGACCCUGCAGGACCUUGGAGGCCCCUGGAUGAAGACGGGAAGACUUCCUCCUCCUCCUCAGUGCGGGCGGUGGAUCCGGUGACGGACCUGGUGGUGAUCGCUCGGGGUCUCGGGGAGGAGGUACCAGAAGGUUUCACCUGCAUUGAGAAGACCCCGGGGGGUCACUCAGCAGAGCUGAGCGCCGGACUCAUCAACAACCCGCACCUGUACCUGUGUUACCGCCGAGGACGGGACAAACCUCCAGUACUGGACCUGGGGGUUCUAUAUGAGGGGAAGGAGCAGCUGAAACAGGGCUGGUAUGUCAUUGAGACCACGCCCUACAGUCGCUCGGCCAGCCUGAGCUCGGGAGGCCCUCCCACAGCUCACCGUGUCUUCCUGACGUAUCGCCGGGCUUUGGACUCUCAGGGUCUCCACACGCUGGGCGUCACCGACAUCGCCCUGCUGCUGCCCAGCAAGGGGGAGGUAGCGCCACACACUUUCUGUCGGGUUGACAAAAACCUCAACACAGGCAUGUGGGGUCCAGCUCUGUAUGUUUGCUAUAAGAGAGCCGUGGCCAAAGCCAACGCCCUGGUGUUUGAAGCUGGUCUCAUCAGCCGGUACCCGGAGGAGGACCUGGACUCGUUCCCUCUGCCCGAGUCGGUGCCGGUGUUCUGUCUGCCGAUGGGCGUCAGCGUGGAGAGCUGGCCCCUCAACACCAAGUACCAGCUGCCCGUCUUCUCCACCUUCGUCCUGACGUCCGCCUCCGGGGACAAGGUUUACGGAGCUGCCAUCCAGUUCUACGAGUCCUUCUGCAGGGACCUCCUGACGGAGCGGCAGAGCAUCCAGCUGGGUCUGCUCAGCGUGGUGGACAGGCGUCCCAUCAGCAGCCGAAGCCUCCACGUCAAGAAGAGCAUCUGUGUCCUGUCCCACUGGCCCUUCUUCACCGUCUUCCAGAAGUUCCUGACCUUCGUCUACAGAUACUCCAUCUCUGGACCUCACAUCCUGCCGCUCGAGAAACACGUGUCCGGCUUCAUGCACAACGUCCCGUUUCCGUCCCCUCAGCGUCCUCGGAUCCUGGUCCAGCUCUCACCGUACGACAACCUGCUGCUCUGUCAGCCCGUCUCCUCCCCCCUCCCUCUCAGUGGAGCGAGCUUCCUGAAGCUGCUGCAGAACCUCGGUCCAGAGAACACGUGCACGCUCCUGCUGGCCGUCCUCACAGAACACAAACUGCUGCUGCACUCGCUCAGACCUGACGUCCUGACCUCUGUCAGCGAGGCCCUCGUCUCUAUGACCUUCCCCCUGCGCUGGCUCUGCCCCUACAUCCCCCUGUGCCCGCUGCAGAUGGCUGACGUCCUGCUGGCACCAAUGCCGUUCAUCGUGGGCGUUCACUCCAGCUACUUUGACCUCCAUGACCCCCCAGCUGAGGUGGUGUGUGUGGACCUGGACACCAACACCGUCUUCCA